AUCAGCGAUGCAGCUUACGAGGCAAACACCUACGUGGUCGCUGAUCCUAUGAACGCACGCGGCGUCAUAGAUGGAAUACGCGCGCCUCGAUCUCCGACGGAGAGCUGCAGAGUAUUGCGGAAGUAGAACGAGCGAAACUCCUGACAAUUAGCCGAAUAGGCUAGACCAACACCGUGAUGGUGACGGUGGAAGGCCCACGUACGUUUACCCAGAUCUGCCCUUAUUUGUCGCGUUGUCCAGCGCCUCUACCCAUUUCGACACAGAAGUUCGCUGUGCUCGCACUGCUUCACGCUCGGUCACGCCACCGACGUAUGCCCAAAUCGUUCGACGUAUUGCAUGUGCCAUCAAUGCAGUAGAACAUUUCCCAGUGCGCAAACGCAAAGCAUACCUCCGCCCCCCUCCCCCCAUGAGUGCCCCCCCUACUGCCAUAAUUGCGGCGGGGAACAUUCGCCGACUUCGAAAGACUGCCCAUCAAGAAAAGAAGCGGACCGCGCGGCGCGUUCGCGGGCAUCCAAGCACCGUAGCCGACGGAUACGCAACACGAAGCCCUUCCAGUAUACGUCAGAUUUCCCUGAAUUGCCACGGAGGACACACCGUCCCCGUCAACAGGAUACAAGAGUCACUAUAAGCUACAAGACGCAGACACUUCCAUCGCCACUUCCAACCGGUUUGCCGUGCUACGGAGCCGUGCUUCGCCAGACGAGUCACAGCCGGGGUCGCAGUCGCAGCCGCAACCGAAGCCGAAGUCGCAGUGCCAGCCAAACCAUCAGAAAAAAAAUCUCCAAAUGGAAGCCCGCCGCCUAAGGCCGCCAAGCGAUCUACCACUCCGGAGCUGAAACGUCCCAGAAAUGGCAAGAGCCAGCUAGCCUCUGAUAUCGCCUGUGGCCGCUUCACCACAGUGGCGUUGUGCACGCGCCGCUCCUUUUCUCCCUCGGGUGCACGCUGUCGACGACAACGGUCGUGCCGACGACGGUGCACGCCACCGUGACGGCCCACACCAUGGUGGACGGCGACGUGACGGGCUCGCGCGCGCGCACCAUCGAGUGGAACGAGUCGUACCCGCUGCUGUGCCUGGCGCUCGUCGUGCUCGCCGUGCUCGCCAUGCUGGUGUACAUGCUGAGCUCGGCGCGCCACCAGCAGCCCUCCCGGCCGGACGGGUCCGCGUACCAAGCGUGCCGCACCGAGGAGUGCCUGCGCUACGCGCGCCUCCUCAACGGCUCGACGGCGCACGACCCGUGCGACGACUUCUACCUGCAUGUCGUCUGCCACGGCGCCAUGGCGGCCGCGCAGAAGCACGCCUCCCUGCCGCCGCCGGCCGCCAGGGACGCGCCGGACCGAGUGUCCCUGCUGACGCCUCUGCUGGAGCAGACGAUCGCCAAGAACGUGCCCCGCGAGGGCGAGGCCCAGAGCGCCUUGCAGAAGGCAGCCGCCUACUUCGUCUCGUGCCACGAGUUCGCCGGCACCAACAUCAGCGCCGUCGGUCUCGAGCAGCUCAGGUCCUUGCUGGAUCGGGGCGGCUUCGCGUGGCCUCACCGGAGUGACGUGGCCGACGCCGGCGCCCUGUUCGCGCGACUGCUGGCUGCCUCCAACCACGUGGGCCUCCCCGCGCUCGUCAGCGUCGAGACCUCACCGCUUCGCCUGGCCCCCUCCGCGCUACUUGGGGAGCACACACUGCGGCUCAAGUUCAUGGGACGGUGGCGCUUUCGCGACUACUACCACCUGCUUGCCAGCAUGCUGGCCCGCCCCUCGAGCGACUCCAGUCGCGAGUCAUUCAGCGACUUCGAGGAGAUGCACAGCGUGGCCGACAAGCACCUCGAGCCUUAGCUCGAGGUCGGAGCGCCCGAGGGCCGGCGGGAGGAGGUGAUCACGUGGAACGGCACAGCGGACGACGCCGAACGGCGCCUGCCGGAGUCCUGGAAGCGAGCGUUGGCCGCCUACUUGCUCAGCACCGG